UCCUGUUUUCAGGGCGGCGAUAGCAACGGGGUAAGUGCGUUGUCCUCCGGACAGCUGGCUCCUGGCUGCCCCAGAGCCACAGAGAGGGCAACCGGGUUGGGGGUCCUCAAACUCGAGUCUGGGAGGCGGACAGGAGCCCCAAGGGAGCGGCCCCGCUGUGAUAAGGGUGACACGCGGAGACUGGAGCGCCUAGUUAGGGUCGGAGUAGCCCUACCUAGCCCGGAGUGCGAGUGUGUGCGUGUUUGUGUGCGUGUGUACAGACUUGCAGCCAGUGGUAAAUUCCAGCUGUUUGAGCAUCAAAACAUUUCCUUCAACCUGCGACUUCGCUUUCGAUUCAACUCUCCUUCUUUGCAAAGUCCUCAUCCCUUCUGAGAUCACGACUAAUGAUAAUUAGACUAAGCAGGGUCUUCACCACCCCCUCAACUCUCUAGGUGCUAUUCUGAAAUUCAGACCUGCAAUGGUGGGGGGGGGCUAAUUUACAAUUCACAUACGGGGUGGGGGUGCAACCCCAAGGAAUGGGAAUGGGGAAGAAAAAGAGAGAUGCUGGCGGGACAGGAAUUCCUAAGGAAUCACUCAAGACAGCCCAGCCCUGACAUACGCAGCAGAAAGAUCAACAGUCCUUGAAUAUGCUUAUUCUUCUGCUCCAAAUACACAGAAUGUGUGUGAGUGUGUGAGUGUGAGUGUGUGUGUGUGUGGGGGGGGGGGUAAAGAACACAAGAAAAGAAGAUCCAGCGAGAGCCCGCGCAUCUUCUGAAGUCGCGCUUUUCCUCUUCAGCGGAAUGAAGGGGGAGGGGCAACUUUCAACCUUUUUAAAAACUAGGGGAUUGAUACCGUCUUGCACCAACUUGGUGACUCUUUGAGGGUGCUAUUCGGUAGCUACAAACGAAUUAAAAAAAAAAAAACAAAAACAAAAACAGUUUCCUUCAGCUGUUAGGCACCUUCCCAAGCCCUGUGAUUUCGCUGGGAGGAGAAAUUAAUUCAGAACCUGAAAAAGCGGGAGGGGAUUGUUGAGCCAUGAUUCCACCUAAUCUUAAAAUUUGCCUUUGAUACGCUUUAGCAAAAUUCAUUUCACCUUUUCUAUCACACUUCACAUUCUGCAAAACUCCUCUGUCCCGAAUUUCUGCCAUUCAGCCUUCUCCGAUGAAUUUGCUGGAACAUCCACAGGGGAGGGGCCGGGAGAAGAUUGAGCCCAGUGUGAGCUCUCUGCUGCCUGCAAAAGACUCAGUCGCAACAAAUUUCGUUCAAAGAAGGGGCCUCUGAAAGUGUUAUCACCUGGAUGGUGAAAAUAUUCCUAUCUUCAGUGUUUUGGCAUGUUUACUAUGCGACUUGUGCUUUUCAUUUUUAAGGUCGUAGUUAUUUGGAACUGGGUACAAAAUGAGACCAAGGACUGGGGUACAAAUCCAGAGCCCAGUAGUACCAGAUUCUCCAGUACCCCCACCCCCCAACCCACCCCACGCAUACACAGGCACACAGAACACCAAACGCACUCCUUGCCUUGACCAGCUGUGGCGCUAACAUAGCCCAGGCUCCCAGACAACAAACAGCGCUAAAGAGAGCUGGACGCAAGAGGGCGAGGGUUGCGCAGCAUCCUUUCUAACUGCGUGCAACAACCACCUGCAAAUCAAUCCUCCCCACCCAGAGCCUUGUGGCUGCGGGGACUGAGCAGACUAGAGGCCCAGGGUUCAAAGGCUUGCUACUUGACACUGCUCUGUGGGUUUCAGAACAAGAUGAAGAGAAUUCUCUCAUUUAUUCCCAGGGGCCCCCCACAAGAAGCUGAGUGGGCUUGCCCAGCUCAGGUUCGCCACUGCAGGGAAAGGAAUCAUAGAUCUCACAUAGAUAUUCACUAUCGUCGUGAAUCGCGUUUUGGUAAUAAUCCACAGGCCGAAGUCACUAGAAAAUUCUUGAGUAGAGUGAUAACUCUAGGUUCACACAGUUUGGACAGCGGAGUCUCCUUGGAGUUCCCUGGCGCUGAUCCCACAGCCCAGGCCUGAAUCAGCAUCUAGGAUACUCCCACUUAACCAAGCUCUGGCAAAGCCACCUUCUUCUGCAAACGGGAGGAGGGAUGGUGGGUUUGCGUUUCUGCCUUAAAGGGCAGCAUUUCUGAGGGGAUUCCUUUUACAGGGAAGACACAGCUGCAAUAAACAAACAAAUAGACAAAUAAAUAAAAUGUAACACACACUACAAACGACAGAACACACACACACACACACACACACCCCUGCACCAAGGUGCCUGCACUACUUUUGCUGGUUGCCUCGGGAUCGGCCGCUAGUCCAAAGCUGGGAAGGAGGCAGGCACUUGGGAAUUAUGAAGAGAGUAGUUUAGCUGCUGCGCCCCUCCAUCUUCCAGUAAACCCCUCCUCCACUUUGGCAACAGCGCCCUCAGGCGUUAAUGCACCAAUACUACAUCAGGGCAUUCUCUCCACCCCCAACAACACAUUUGUAAUUUACUGAGCCAUCUUUGAUUUCUCCAUGUCUUGAAUAAUUUACUAAAGAGGCGAUGGUAGUAGAUCUCAGCGCCUUUAGGUACAUGUUUGGGAGACUGGCAGAAGCCUUAAGGUUCAUGUGUGGGCAGCCACCUGUUUCCAGGGAUGCUCAAGUCGGGGACUUCCUGAGAUCCACUCUGCAGCAAAAGCUGACUCAGGUAAGCAAAUCCUAAUCCACCUGAACAUUCAAGUCUAAAAAUUACCCUGUCACCAGCACCUCAGUGCACAGAGCAGGAUACGAAGCAUCUCUGCUCCAUUUCAAUAAAGAUUACAUGACCUCUUUUAGGAGGGGGCGAUCAACCAAUACGUACAAGGUAAAGCUCAACAGAGGCAGUAUCCUGUCUGAGAGUAACUCACAGCUUCUUCCUGUCAGCUACAUGAUCCUGCAACUGGUGGCCAUCAUACGAGCUGUAGAAGAAACCUACUGUCACAAUUUAUAUACUCACUAAGUCCUUUAGGGCAUUAGAAUCUGAGUUAAUGGGUGAUCGGAGUGGGGGGGGGGCUUGAUUAAGAUAAAUUUUUUUUUUGGUGGAAGGAGCUUUGAAGUUGCUUCAAAUGAAGAGAGGAUUCAGAUACAAAUACAGGUGGGGAGGGGCUUUGAUUAGAGGGACCAGAGGAGAAAGAAUCUGAUGCUAUCUGGAAGGGGUAAGCCAGCAAAUGAUUGGAUGCCUCUAGAGCUACAUCCUGGCCCUCCGGUAUCUGGGGUGAAGGUGGGGCACUGCAGAGAGGAAGGGCUGCAGUAGCUCUGCAGGGAGACUGCUGGGAGGGGGAGCAGCAAGUGCCAAUAAGGAGAUUUUGGCCUCUCACAGCUAUUGGUUGCAAUAGUUCUUGAAACAGAACUGCCUAUACUAAGUACCAAGUAGACGGGGCGGUGAGGCUCUGUGGUUUUGACACUAGUUAGCCAUAAAGCUUUCAAUUCUGGGGAGCCCACAAAGCGUACCCUAUUUCAACAAGUUAAUUCUAUGAGCAUGACCAAAUUUAUUUGCACAACCCCACCCCAGACGUUUUCUCUUGAAGGAAAACAGUUGUGGGAUGUCAUUACUUGUUUAUUUAGUAACUGAUGGCCAUUUAUUUAUUGUGUAUCUGAUACAGCAAAAGGCAUCCUUUACAGCCUUUGAGGCUAUUUUAAGUAGCUCAUGGUUUGAGCCUUUUAUAUGCUAAUUUUUAAUUUUUUAUAUUUUUGAGACAAGGUUUCUCUGUGUAACAGCCCUGGCUGUCCUGGAACUCCCUCUGUAGAACAGGCUGGGCUGGCCUUGAACUCACAGAGACUGGCCUGCCUCUGUCUCCCAAGUGCUGGGAUUAAAGGCCUGCCCCACCACCACCCGGCCUUAUAUGUUAAUUUAGUAAACAAAACCUAAUAAGAUGGUCCUGUAUUCACAGAAACAUCUAAGGCCAGCCCCAAAUUGUACUUUAGUAAAAACAGGGUCCUCCCGCCUUCUAAAAUACAGCAACAGGCAGGCAAAUGGCGUAAGUACAUACAAUUUCUGCCUUUUAGGAUCUCUGGCCACACUUUCAGAGUACCUUAAGGCUUGUCUUGCUAAAAAUAGAAAUGGACUUUAUUAAGUCAAAUUGAAACCACAGGUAAAUGGGGGGGUCUCUUCACUUAAAAAGAAUUUACCCAAAAAUUCUUUAAAAUAGUCACUUCUCCAGGUGCAAUUAAAAUCAUUUGAUUUUAUGUAGUUAAGGUCUUCAGAAUGUUAAAUAAAAAAGUGACUGACAGACCAGAGACUAGACAGUCAAUCUAGUACAGUGUGAUUCAAAACCAAUCUUAGUCGGACCCCUGUAGGGGUGGUAGGAUCUUUGGGUUUUUUUCAACAGAUGGAAUUUCAUUUCAGAUUCUAAAGCAAAAGGAAAAAAAAAAGAUUUCCAAAUGACACCAUGUGGUUUGCUGAGUCACUUUUCUGACCUGGCUCCUAGCUUUUAAGAGUCAGAGUGAUAUUUGCAAAGAAGAUUCCAGGGCUGUGGAUGAGAUUAAAGGUCGUUUGGUAGGAACGAGCCGGUCAGCAAGACAACAAAUUAGAGAGACCACACCAGCCACGCAUGCUCUUCUGAUUUAGUCUCUAAGGGUGUGUAAGGUGCUCUCGGCGUAUUCCAGGGCAGAGAAAGGCUCGAGUUCGUAUGUGCAUGAUAAACACGAAAGCAAGAAAAGAAUGGGAGGUUGUAUUAGUAAAUUUAUGUUAGAGCCCCACAGUGGAAGCCUGGGAGACUCACCAAGUAUCUAUCAUGAAAUAAAAUUGGGAACCCGGGUUUACAGACUCCCUUGGGUGCUCUGAAGUCAACAAGAAGGAUAAGGAACCUGCAGGUAGAUGAAGAAAUAAAUCCUGUCCACUCUACCCCUACCCCUCUACUGUUUUCUUCCCAGAACCAGCUAGCCUUUGUUCAUUAGUUUACCAACAACAGCCAGGUUGUCCUUUGCAUCCCUGAUGGCUACCACAGACAACGGAUCUUGCUGUCACAGGGGCCUUCAAUAGGAGGAAGCGGAACUCCAUCUAUGUUACUGUGACUUUGCUUAUUGUGUCCAUGUUAAUUCUCACGGUGGGCCUCGCAGCAACGACCAGGACCCAGAACGUGACUGUGGGAGGUUACUACCCAGGAGUUAUUCUUGGCUUUGGAUCAUUCCUUGGAAUCAUCGGAUCAAACCUUAUUGAGAACAAGCGGCAGAUGCUGGUGGCUUCUAUCGUGUUUAUCAGCUUUGGCGUGAUUGCAGCUUUUUGUUGUGCCAUAGUGGAUGGGGUCUUUGCUGCCAAACACAUUGAUUUGAAACCACUCUAUGCUAACCGGUGCCACUAUGUUCCCAAGACAUCCCAGAGGGAAGCUGAGGAGGUCAUCACUUCCUCAAGCAAACUUUCUCCUUCGACGAGGGCUUUGCGGAACCUUACCCAGGCAGUUAAAGAGGUGAACUGCCCUCAACUUAGCCGUGGACUCUGCACACCUCGCAUCCGGGGCAACACCUGCUUCUGCUGUGACCUCUACAACUGUGGCAAUAGGGUAGAAAUCACUGGCGGGUACUAUGAAUACAUUGAUGUCAGCAGCUGCCAGGACAUCAUCCACCUGUACCACCUACUCUGGUCUGCCACCAUCCUCAACAUCGUUGGCCUGUUCCUGGGUAUCAUCACUGCUGCAGUCCUUGGAGGAUUUAAGGAUAUGAACCCUACCGUUCCGGCACUGAACUGCUCUGUUGAAAAUGCCCAUCCGACUGUUUCUUACUAUGCUCGUCCCCAAGUGACAUCGUACAAUACCUACUACCAUAGCCCUCCUCAUCUGCCACCGUAUUCUGCUUAUGACUUUCAGCAUUCCAGUGUCUUUCCACCCUCCCCUCCCUCUGAUGAGCAGGAGCCCCAGUCCGCCUCUCCUUCGCCUAGCUACAUGUGGUCCUCCAGCGCACCGCCCCGUUAUUCUCCACCCUACUACCCGCCUUUUGAAAAGCCACCACCUUACAGUCCUUAAGGAGGAGCAGCUGUCGGCUAUUGAGAUUAUUGUGGCUUUUGUAUUUCUGCUUUAGUGGAAGUGUGUAGGGUACAACAUCUAAAGUGUGACUCUUAUGAUAAAGUUUUACAGCAGCUUGCCAGGCUAGGGAAAGAAAGGGAUGGAGCUUAUUCAUUAAAAGGGAAGGGUAGGAUUGGCUAGGCCAAACCCAAUGCUUUCAAGAAGGGAAGUAGUUCUGACACAGAAAGUUUUGGCUAGGAUUUUUGUUUGCUCAUGUCUGGAUAUUAACAAAAAGCUGCCCAUAUCUUACUCUGUUCUUCUCUGAGUCUUGUAAAAAUGGCUGUUGUGAUCAUUCAGCUCAACUUUUGUUACUGGUACCUCCUAAGGGGAAAAGUGCAAUAGUCCCUCACCGUGAGUGGUGGGAGAUCAGGACUGGCUGAUUCAGAAGCACUGAAAUACAGAGCAAACGUGUGCUGUUUUCAGUAGAUCUCAGUAUAAAAUGGACAACUUAGGAGACAGUGUUUCUAUUAUAUGUUGCAUUAUUAUAAAACACAUUUGCUACUGGAGAUACAAAUCUUACAGUUGAAAUUCAGAGUUUAAAAAUGCUAGAUUAGACUGGGUCGUGAUAUGAAUUGUUACUUAUCUUUGUGACUAUUUAAUCUUUGGAUAUUGUGCUUUAACCCCAGCAAACCGCACGAUCCUGCAUCCCACCCUUGAAAACUCAUCUGUAUUUUAAUGCCACUGCUCUUAUUGGUCCUUUUUCCCCUGUUGAGAUCAAUUGUGACAGCAUUCAAUUCAAGAUUAUGAAAGUGUUACAAUGCCAUUUCAAGUCUUCAAGACCUUAAAUGCAGCCAACUUGACAAAUUCUUAAGUGUUCCGCAUUUAAAAUCCAUCUGGCACACUGUGGCAGUUAUACAGCUGUUUUAAUUAUACAGAGCUUUAAACCAUCAAGCUGUUGAGUUAGAGACACUUUGGCACCCAUGCCUUCACUCCAGCAUGAACACGUUCACUAGGAUUUUAUUUUAACCUGAGAACUGGUUUAAAGGGAGACUGAUAAUCCUACACUUGUAUUAUGUAAACGUACAGGAGAUACAGAGGACUCCUAAUUAGACAGUUCAGCAAACACAGAACAUACACUGGAAACAUUUCCAGCCCAUUUCGCUGCCUCCCAUCUUUGCCGGUUGGAGGUGGCAGAUAAAUGCUGGUGCUCCCAUCUACCUUGUAGACACCUGGUCACCAAGAAUCAAGGCACAACAAGUGCACUCACUGUUCACAGGAACUAUUGAGUUUACCUUUCAGCACCAUACUGUCCUAUCCAGACUUCAAAUCCAAAAGGCCACAACCCUUUUAGGUUAUACAAAAUUAUGGUUAUUUUUACAGUUCUGAACAUAAUAAAAUUCUACUGGAUUUCAAAAAAGGACUAAUAAUUAAUUGACUUCUUAUACAAACAUCAACUUGUAAUACCUAACAGUAUUUUGUCAUUUAAACUUUAUCUCUUGCUUUAGUGAAUGUGUAGAUUUUUAAAGGCACCAUUACAAAGUAUAUCUUCAAUGAUCACAUUUCUUAAAGUAUUAAGAUUCUAUGACUCAUUUCUAUGUAUUUUUCUUACUUUACAAAAUAUCUUGAAACAGUAUAGAUUUUCUAACACUUAAUUUGAGCAGCUUUUUUUAUUACAUUGGAUUAUAUAAAGUGCAUGUUACUUUAGGAAAAUUAAUAUUUGCCGCUUCACUAUUCUGCCAAACAUUUGCUGUAAUGAAGGAAUUUGUAUUUCCAAUGUAUCUUGACUGCAUUUUGUAACAUUUACUGCUUUCUUCCUAAUUCUGCUUUAAAGUAUUGAACUGGGCAUGAAAUAUUAAAAUAUUAAUUCAGAACCUGUAUAAACUAGAUAUUGCUUAAAAUCUGUAUCACUGCCAUGUUGGAAACCCAGACAGCUUUUGUGAUGUUUCAAAUUAAUAAAAUUAUCCUUCUCCCUA